AGCUCCCCGGCGGGCAGCCGGGCGUUCUUUGGCUCCCUGAGUCAGGGCUAGGGGUCCCGCGGCGGCGGCGGCGGCGGCGGCGGCAGCAGCACCACCAUGUUCCUCCACUCCGUCAAUCUCUGGAACCUGGCGUUUUAUGCCCUCAUGGUCUUCAUGGCGACCCUGGGGUUGUGGGACGUCUUCUUCGGCUUUGAGGAAAACAAGUGCAGUAUGAGCUACAUGUUUGAGUAUCCGGAGUAUCAGAAAAUAGAACUUCCAAAGAAACUGGCAAAACGCUAUCCUGCAUAUGAAUUAUAUCUUUAUGGAGAAGGAUCCUAUGCUGAAGAACACAAAGUUCUCCCUUUAACGGGUAUUCCUGUUCUCUUUCUUCCCGGUAAUGCUGGAAGUUAUAAGCAGGUUCGUUCUAUUGGCUCUAUUGCACUUAGAAAAGCUGAAGACAUUGACUUCAAGUACCACUUUGACUUCUUUAGUGUGAAUUUCAAUGAAGAACUGGUGGCACUCUAUGGUGGAAGUCUUCAGAAGCAGACCAAGUUUGUGCAUGAAUGCAUUAAAACAAUUCUCAAGCUCUAUAAGGGUCAAGAAUUUGCUCCAAAAAGUGUGGCAAUAAUUGGUCAUUCUAUGGGUGGCCUUGUGGCAAGAGCAUUGCUUACGUUGAAAAAUUUUAAGCAGGAUCUGAUCAAUCUUCUUAUUACACAAGCAACACCUCAUGUUGCUCCUGUGAUGCCAUUAGAUCGUUUCAUUACAGAUUUUUAUAUGACUGUAAACAACUAUUGGAUUCUGAAUGCUAGACACAUAAAUUUAACCACACUAUCUGUAGCUGGAGGAUUCCGGGAUUACCAAGUUCGUUCAGGACUGACUUUUCUACCAAAAUUAAGCCAUCAUACCAGUGCCUUAUCUGUUGUGAGUUCAGCAGUGCCUAAGACCUGGGUUUCAACAGACCACCUCUCCAUUGUAUGGUGUAAACAAUUACAAUUGACUACAAUUCGAGCAUUCUUUGAUCUUAUUGAUGCUGAUACUAAACAAAUAACUCAAAAUCCCAAGAAGAAAUUGUCAGUUUUGAAUCACCACUUCAUAAGACACCCAGCAAAACACUUUGAGGAAAAUCCAUCAAUAAUUUCUGACUUAACAGGGACAUCCAUGUGGGUUCCAGUAAAAGUGUCCAAAUGGACCUAUGUGGCUUACAAUGAAUCUGAUAAGAUAUAUUUUACAUUUCCCCUUGCAAAUCAUAGAAAAAUCUACACUCAUGUCUAUUGUCAGAGCACCAUGCUGGAUACAAAUAGCUGGAUUUUUGGCUGCAUAAACAGCACUUCUAUGUGCCGGCAAGGUGUUGAUUUAUCAUGGAAAGCUGAACUGCUGCCAACAAUUAAGUCUCUGACGUUAAGACUUCAAGACUAUCCAUCUUUGUCUCAUCUUGUUGUUUAUGUACCAUCUAUUCAUGGAAGUAAGUUUGUUGUAGAUUGUGAAUUCUUUAAAAAAGAGACAAGAUCCAUACAGCUUCCUGUAACUCAUCUUUUUUCCUUUGGAUUGUCUUCAAGGAAAGUGAUAUUAAAUACAAGUGGCCUGUUCUAUAAUAUAGAGCUUCUGAACUUUGGACAGAUAUACCAAGCUUUUAAAAUCAACGUGGUAAGCAAGUGCUCAGGAGUGAAAGAAGAAAUUACUAGUAUCUAUAAACUUCAUAUUCCCUGGUCUUAUGAAGAUUCACUAACCAUUGCACAGGUUCCAUCUUCCACAGAAAUUUCUGUGAAACUCCAUAUUGCUCAACCAGAAAAUGACAGCCAUGUAGCAUUAUUAAAAAUGUAUACAUCAUCAGACUGUCAAUAUGAGGUGACAGUUAAGACUUCCUUUUCACAAAUACUUGGACAGGUAGUUAGAUUUCAUGGUGGAGCUCUUCCUGCCUAUGUUAUAUCUAGUAUCCUUCUUGCUUAUGGAGGACAGUUAUACUCUCUUUUCUCAACAGGUCACUGCUUAGAAUAUGCUGCUAUGUUGGAUAAAGAAGCCAAACCAUACAAAGUUGAUCCUUUUGUAAUUAUGGUUAAGUUUCUGUUGGGAUACAAAUGGUUUAAAGAAUUUUGGGAUAUGUUAUUGUUACCAGAAUUAGAUGCCAUCGUUUUAACUAGUCAGAGUAUGUGUUUCCCCCUUGUAUCUUUGAUUCUUUUUCUGUUUGGAACAUGUACUGCCUACUGGGGUGGCCUACUCUCUUCUACAACUGUGAGACUCCUUUCUUCAUUGUGGCUGACUUUGAAAAGGCCCUCUGAACUUCCUAAAGAUAUGAAGAUAAUAUCACCAGACUUGCCCAUUUUGACAGUUGUUUUGAUCAUAGUUAGUUGGACAACUUGUGGAGCAUUUGCCAUCCUUCUUACUUAUCUUUACUAUGUGUUUAAGAUUGUUCAUCUGCAAGCCAGCUUAACAACUUUUAAAAAUAGCCAGACUGUGAACCCCAAACACUCUAGAAGAAGUGAAAAAAAAUCCAAUCACCAUAAAGACUCUACAGUAUACCAUCUCCGUUUAUCUGCCAGUGAUGCUGAAGAUAGUCUUCGCAUGCACAGUACCGUGAUUAACUUAUUAACAUGGAUUGUAUUACUCAGCAUGCCAUCUUUAAUUUAUUGGCUGAAGAAUCUUAGGUAUUACUUUAAACUUAAUCCUGAUCCAUGUAAACCUUUGGCAUUUAUCCUUAUUCCAACUAUGGCAGUUCUUGGAAAUACUUACACUGCUUCAAUAAAAUCAAGUAAAUUGUUGAAGACUACUUCACAGUUUCCACUUCCUCUGGCUGUUGGUGUGAUUGCUUUUGGGUCAGCACACUUAUACAGGGUUCCAUGCUUUGUCUUCAUUCCUCUUUUACUCCAUGCAUUAUGCAACUUUAUGUAAGAUUGGAUUUAAGGAAUGAUAAAGAUCAGUUAUGCCUUUAGGGCCAGUAAUAAGAGGGAACACACAGAUCCAUCAGUGUGGGCAGCAAGAUCCUUUGGAGAAGACAAGUCUAUUUUUACAAUGUUGAAAAUAGGAAAUUAGUUUUGUAAUGCUUGAGGAAAGUAGUUGAAGCAUGGUUUUGUUUUGUGGUAUGACAUCUGUGUACUAGUCAUUAUGAAAAAUCAGUAAAAGGAUAUGGUAGCCUCUGUCUUUGAGGACUCUGCGUAUCAGCUAGUCUGCUUGAUUGGCCAUACCAAGAUCUUCUCCUAAACACUCAGUAAAUGUAGCAUUGUUUGUAUCCUCACCUCAAGUAUUCUCAUUUCAUCAAACUUUCUUCUGAAAAGUGGGUUACUUUGUAUUUGCUACAGUAUACAUGUUGAAAAAUAAGUCUUAAAAGAUUAAUGAAAUUUAAACUGUUUGCUUUCUCAGAAAUGAAAUAGCCACAGUCUUUAGUCAGUUUUUGGCAGCCAUAGUGAACAAAAUAGAUCUUUUGUUUUCUUACACCUAUGAAAAUACAACUUUAAAUUCUAAGGAGACAUGUUUUCUUGGUAACCAGCAAGAUUGAUGAAUGGAAACAUAAUUCAAAUUCAAAACUCAAUGAAAUUUUGUUUCUUUUCAAAUAAGAAUCUUAUUUUGUAUUCUUAGUGAAUAUCAGGAGACUACUGAAGAGAUGUAUUGUUAAAUUUGAAGAAAAUUUUCAUAGAUAUUUACUUAUAGGCAUUGGAGCAGUUCAGUCAUUCAGUCUAUACCAUUUUAUUUAAUUCACUGACCCCAUGGUUGUCAAAAGUGCCUCGGGUCAUGGUGGAUUGUUAAAAUAACUAAAUUCCAGUGGUCAGAAAAAGCUCUACAUUUGCACAGUUUUUAUCUACUAUGGAAAGAAAAUAAGCAUGAUGAAGUGCAGUACCACAUUUAAUGUAUAAAAUUAUACUAUUAAUGGAAUAACAGUGGAAAAACUGUUACCCCACUAAUAGCAUAAGUAUAAACAAUGAAUACCUGAAUAAGUUGGAGUGUUUAGCCACUAGGUUUAAUAGUGGAAUCUUAAUUUGCCAAGGUGAUUACUAUUUGACAGAUAAAGAGUAAUAUUUAUAUUUCAGAUUUCAGCUCACUUUUUGGAAGUAGGUAAUGGAGGUAGGUAUCUUCGCCUUAAGAUAGGAUUAACUCAAGGCUGGGGUAUACCUGAGUGAUAGAGCCCUUCCUUUAGAUGUGUAUGAUGUAAAUACCCAAAACCUUGCAAGUGUAGUCCUUAAGUCCCAGUAACUCCACAGUUGUACCUGUGAACUUGUGUCCUUGUUACUGCCCAGGGAUGUCCUAGAGUACCAGGUUCAUUUUACGUGCCAUUGCAUCUGGAUUCCGUUACAGCCUCUCAGCUGUUACUGCCUACUAGAAGGUUGCUCCCACUUUACUGCCUGUAGAAAGUUACCUCACUUCUUUUCUCAUUUGUUCUUUGGGUUCUUGCUGCUUCAUCAUCAGUUGAAGAUGGUCUUGCUGUCAUCUAUGAGAGUUUUAAGUUUGUUUGAUUCCAUUGUUGUCUUUCCCAGCUUCAUGUUCAGUAUUCAUAUUUUCACUUACUGAGAUCAUUAAAGGUAAGUGAUAACCUCAUAGUAGACAUGGCAGGCAUACCAGGCUCUUGUUUGUUUGAUAGAAGCAGCAAAAGGGAUAAAAUACAGAAUACUUGUGUGUUCAAACCUGAAAGGAAAGAGAACUUACCAGAUUAUAUAUGCACUUUCCCAUGGCAUACCACAUAUGUAUUUAAACCAGGACACAUCUGCCUAGGUUUAGUUUAUACAUAUACUCAUAACAACUUGUGUACAUAUGGUGUUGUAUUUCAAGUUUUCACCCAUAUGUAGUUGUAUUUCACGUUACAGGUUAAAUAUGUCAUUUAACUAUUUCUGAAUUUGAACUUAGGUCCAUAUACAGAACUUAAGAAAAUUCAUUAAUUUGAAUCUUCUGUUGACAGCCAUAAUCAAUGUGUUUAGAUGAUCUAAAGUCUCCUUGUUUAGUCAUUCCUGCUCAUGAAUAAAAUGUAACAAGCUUAAAUUUCUCAUUUGUGAGUAGUACAUUAGCUUUUUAAAGCAGCAGACUAGGCACAUUAGUUUCCAUGAAAAUUUCAUGUGAGUGUCAUUAUCAUCAAGUCCUAAAGUCUUAUUUAUUCCAACAAAAUAUUUUAUUUUAGGACUACAAAAAGGAUUCUCAUUAAGCAUGUUAUAAACAGCAGUAGUUUGGGGUUUUUUUAACAUAUAUUUAAUAUUAUAAGUAUAUGUAUACACACACACACACACACACACACAUUUUGACAGAGUCUUCAUCAAGUCCUAAUGCACUUUAAAACCAAAUAACUACCAGAGAUGAGAAAGUAGGCUCUGUCUGAAGAUUAACAAAACUGAUGUUUCUAUCACUUGAGAAAAGGAAAGUCCUUUGUCUUUAAAUUCACGUUAUUUGAACCAUGCCUACAAUCUAUAUUAUUAGCUGGCAAAACAGCACAGGUUUAUCAGAAAUGUUACCGAAAAUGAAAUUGUUCAUUGGCAGUUAGGGAUUAUCUAAUUUAGCAAACCUCUGAGCUCUAUUGUUAUGACAUUUUUAUUUAGAUUUUUUUUUGAGUUUUGAGUAAGUUUUGAACUUAUAAAAAUUACUCCUGGAUCCUAUUGUUGAUACCUAGACCAAAUAUAUACUGGACAGGACAAACAGUGAGCACUUUCAGUGUCUCUGAAGAGUCCUCUGGAGUUACUACUUUUAUAAUUUGGAACAGAUAAUAUGAUAGAAAUCAUUAAUACUCUCUUUUCUUUAUCUUUUUCAUGUUGGGAAUUACACAGGUUCUGCUAGCUCUUCUCUUGGUUGUCACCAGAAUGAAAGUAUUUAAAACAGUAGUCCUAAAAAAAAAGCAUUUGUGCCUGGUUAACACUGAUUUUGAGUCUCUUCAAUAUAUAUAUUGAUCAUGUGUUAAUUAAUCUUUAAUUUUUUUUUCAUAUUUUGCUCAGAUAAAUUCAGGUGUAUAUAAUAGAAUACGUUUUCUUGUUUGAACUACACUAUAAUAUCUGCAUGAUUAUACAGUAAGGAAAAGAAAUAAAGAACUAUAGUAGGCCUAGUAACUGUUUGUUGUUGAUUAUCCUGUCACUCAUGCAGAUGGUACACAUUUCCACCACACACACAUACUUACAUGAGGCAGAUUGUCUGAUUUGUUCAUUAUCUAGUUCCCAUUCUUUUCUAAACUCUUCAGACUUUUCACUUAUAGCAUAGUGUGUUCUUUUUACCUCACUGCUUAUUAGCAUCUCUUACAGAAGGUGGUCAAGGGAAAUAAAACUCAAUAAAAGGUAAAACUCAAUUUUCAUUUUAUUCUUGAGAGCUCUGGGGAAAUAGGGUAAACACAAAGAUGAUGAGAUAAACUAGGGCUGUUGAUUCCCAAAUCCCCAGACAAUUCAAUUAGCCUGUAUUUUCAUCUUAAGCGUUAGGUCUAAAUUAGUGUAGUAUCUUGCUUUAUUGUGAGGUUUAGUGCAAAACCUUACAGUGCUGCAUUUGCAAUUUUUUAGGAACUUGUUAUGAAAAUCAGUUGGGAAAAUUUGUUUUAAUGUGUUGAGACCUUCUAUGACUAAGGCAUUGAUUUCAUCAUCACUUUUUUCUCUGUGUUUUAUUUUUAUAAAUUUAUUUUAUUUAUUUAUUUUUGGUUGUGUUGGGUCUUUGUUGCUAUGUGCGGGCUUUAGUUGCAGCGAGUCGGGGCUACUCUUUGUUGCGGUGCACGGGCUUCUCAUUGCAGUGGCUUCUCUUGUUGCAGAGCACGGGCUCUAGGCACACAGGCUUCAGUAGUUGUGGCUCACAGGCUCUAGAGCACAGGCUCAGUAGUUGUGGCACACGGGCUUAGUUGCUCUGCGGCAUGUGGGAUCUUCCUGGGCCAGGGAUCAACCCUCUGUCCUCUGCAUUGGCAGGCAGAUUCUUAACCACUGCGCCACCAGGGAAGCCCUUCUCUGUGUUUUAGAUUUGUGAAAUUACAGGAAACAAGAUACCUUGUGUAGUUUUGGGGGAGUCAAUUUGGAGAGUAUAGCACUCCCCAGGAAAAAGGAAGCAAUAAAAGUAUCUUUGUAUUAUGAAAUUAGACUCAGACAGAAAACAUCUUGCCACAUAAGGUAAAUGUAGAAGAUACUAUUACAAAAUAAUAAGAUGAUUGGGAGCUGAAAUUUUAUUUUGGUCUUUUUGAACAAAGAACAUUUCAAGUUCUGUAAUGAACUUUUACUUAUACAUUAUUAAUCAUGCAUUCUUUCACAAUAUAUUUUAACAGCCUGAGGAAAUAGAAAGUUUGUGAGGCUACUCACAUUCUUUACUUUUAGUAAGGAUAAUAGGAAAGAAAAGUCAGACCCGUAAUCCAAAUCUGAGUAUGUAUACUCUUAAAUGCUCAAGAAUUCACAUUUUUGAUAAAUAAAUUAUAUUAUGAAUACAGAUGACUGAAUUUUAUAAUUAAUAACUUAGUCUUAAGAAUGGAAUAAAAUUUGGAAAUAGAAUAAACUGUUAUUUAAUUUAUAGUAGAAGUGUAACAGUACCCCUGAAUUGGUAAUGUUGCUUUCAAAAGAUGAUAUUCUGAGCUACAUCUUGAUUACAUUGUCUGUAGUUGAAAAAUUUUAAAUCAAAUACAGUACUUUCUAAAAGUGUUUGGCAUGUUAACAUUGCCAAAAAUGACUAUGUUUUAGAAUACGUAACCAGUUAAUUUCUGAUGACUUUGUAUAGGACUUGAUAUAUGUGAGUCAGAUUUAUUCUGUACUCAUUCUGUACAUUGUAACUUUGAACACUUAUGAAAAACUGUAUCUGUUGAUGUAGUUUUAUUAGUUAGUAUAAAUUUGUUUGCAUAUUUGAACAUUAAUCUUAGUUCAGGAAAUCUAA